AAUGUUUAUGUAAAUUUACUCAGUUUAUUAUAUUGGUGUUGUAGACGUUUUGAGACUGAAGAGCAGGGGGAAAACACUCAAAGUCGGGUCAACACACCUUGCUUCAACGGAAUAAGUCGACAUAGCACUGGUUUCGAUGAAUGCUUCCUGAGACAAGUUAUCAAUCGGACUAGCGCGUGGCGAUCGAAGCAAAAACUCAACGAGUAAUUGUGUCAAUUAUUCUCGAACAAUCAGAGUAAUCCUGCCAAGAGAAGGGAGACGAAACAUAAGUUUUCGCAAACGUCGACGAGUAUCCUCUACGUAAUACAAACGAGUGGAACGCCACUUUUUUUAAAAGUGAUACGAAGGUCAGCUUCCUUCAUAUGAUUUUAUGGAAAUUAAAUGUACGUUCGUGCAACAUAUCAAAAAAAUCUGGUUGUUUUUUAUUGUCACUUUGUUCCUUUGCGGAUGGGUCAUCAUUGAAAAACUGGACAAACCUAGCAUAAUAACACCUUAUUUUUAUGAUCAACAAAAAGAUAACGUCUAUAACAAAAAUUCUACAUCUUGGCUUGAAGAAGUCACCGUAUAUGACGUUAAGCAAUGGCAGAAGAAAUUCUACACUUCGCUGGCUAUAAUACGAGAAAAACCUCCAAAAGAAUGGAAAUCAAGUGUAACCAGGAUUAUGGCUUAUAAUGUGUACACUCAAGGGUUGUUGGACAAUUUACGACAGUUCAAACUGCCAAGAAAUGAACUUGGACAAAGUGUGCACAUUGGCGCAAAUAACGGUUUGUUGCUGUUUCCAGUGGUAGCAUCAUGUAAGCCCAUAUUACCUGAUGUGGUUCUUUAUAACAGGAUAUUUAAGACCGGAAGUGAAACGACGGGUGCGUUGUUUGGUUUCUUAAGUUACGUGAUGGAUUAUCUGUACACCAAACAAACAACAGAAGAUUUCUAUGACAAGGGCGUCUCUGCACCAUAUCCAAUGAUUAUUGAACGUAAAGUCAGAGGAAGUCGAAAAGUGCUUUUUAAUGCACACUUUUUCUUCAGAAACAACUUGGACCUAGAAUUGCGUUCUCAUACUUACAUUAAUCAAGUUCGAGAGCCAGUUGCAAGAUUUAUAUCUCAUUACUCUUACAUGCGAAGUACAAACCGACCCAAGGAUAGAAUACAACAGAUGAUUGACAGCGGCGAAUGGAACGAAACUAUUGAAGAAUGUUUCGAGAAACAAAGCCAAGGUUGCAGACGUAAUGUCAUGACACGUUUUUUCUGUGGAACGGACAGAUUUUGCAAGAGCGACGCGCCUAACGCGCUCAUUAAAGCGAAGAAAAACAUUUUACAACAUUACGCUGUUGUUGGUUUGCUGGAAAAUUUUCAAUUAACUUUAAAAAUUCUACAAAGGCGACUGCCCUUUUUCGUGCCAGUUGUACCAAGGAACCCCAGUGAAUUGAGAGUCAAUGAAGGUGUUAGAGGCAAGAACGUUUCCGUUAGUGAGGAAAUGAUUUCUAAGAUAAAACGAGCAAACUGGGCUGACAUGGAACUUUACGAUUUUAUAAAAGAGAUAUUUUGGAAACAGGCACGAGCUUGUGGGCUGUCUUAGCCACUCAGCUCUCAAGAUUUAAUCAGGAAUUCUCCCCUCUUGCUCUCAUACGUCACCUUGUAAACUAGUAAUGAGAAAUGAUACACCGUUGGGCUGAUCAGUUUGUCUACACUCAUUACUUACUUGCAGCAUAAUUUUUAAUAGUUUCGGGAAAAGGUGCAUUUUGAUCUCUUCUUGGAGUGAAUGGUUAACCAACUCCUUUCUGAGAUAUUAUAAUUAUUUAUUUUGUAGCUAUUUGUAUAUGCAGAUAUAUAUAUAUAUUAUGAGAAUUAUCGAAGCAGAGCAAUUAUUCGG